GUUAGCAAACAAAUUGAUUGAUUUUGAAAUCCUUCUACCUCAAAGGAUACUUGAUAUUAAAAGCUGCUUAUUGAAGUAUGAUUCGAUUAGUGUAACACAAUUGUAUUCUGCUUGGCUGGCUUCAAUUGUUCUUUUUUUUUAAUACUUUUUUUUUCUUGUAAAAUGUCUACAAGAUACGCUAGAAUAGCUGAUAAAGAUCUAAACGAGAAACAUACAAAGAUAUUAUUGAACUUACUAAAAGACCCUGACAACUCUUAUUGUGCAGACUGUAAGAAGAAAGAUCCUCGAUGGGCUUCGUGGAAUCUGGGCAUCUUUAUUUGCAUACACUGUUCUGGAGUUCAUCGUUCUCUAGGAACACAUAUUAGCAAAGUAAAAUCAGUCGAUUUAGACACCUGGGUUCCUGAACAAAUUGAUAGUAUGAUCGAGUGGGGAAACCAACGUGCUAACACGUACUGGGAAGCAGAAUUAAAAGAUAAAAGGCCAUCUGAGUAUAAUAUGGACGCAUGGAUUCGAGAAAAGUAUGAAUAUAAAAGAUGGAUUCAAAAAGAAGCUGGCACAGUGGAUCAGCAAGGAAACUACUUCAAAACCUGUAUCAUCAUCUAUUUAUCAGUCUAGCCAUCCUUAUCAGAUAGCGCACAACACAGAGAAAUCUAAUCCUUCUCCCGCUUCACCAGAAUUAAUAGACAGCAAAAACGCGGAAUCAAAAAGCUCUCCUGUCAAAGAGUCCAAUGCCAGUCCAGCUGAUAUCAAUUCCUUUCAAAAGCAACUUUCACAAUUGUCAAUAGAA